AUGCACCGAUCCCAUGGCCUUGUCCCCUGCCAACUUCUCUCAAUGGCAAGCACAGUUCACCGUCAAGACGUCCUUCCCCUGGCCUAUAAAUUCAGCAAGCGGCUCAGCUCAACACCGUCACUUCUUCAUCCGCUGAUCCACCAACUGAGCAGUGCAACAUCCAUAAAGUUGCAGAGGGUGGAAGCACUUGGGAGGAAGAGGCUCACGGUGUCAGCCAAAGAAGAUCAAGACUGCUACAGUUCUGUACCAGCCAAGGGCCACUGUGUCAUGUAUAUGGUCGAUGGGACGCGUUUUGAGGUCCCGUUGGAGUACCUCAGCACGACCGUGUUCGGCGAGCUCCUGAGGAUGUCCCAGGAGGAGUUUGGCUUUGCGAGCGAUGGCAAGAUCACACUGCCCUGUGAUGCUGCAGUGAUGGAGUAUGCCAUUGAAAUGACCAGGAGAAAUGCCUCCAUCGAGGUCGAGAGUGCAUUGCUCAGCUCUAUGGUGACGUCUUGCCACUACACUGGCUGCGCCAUGCCUACUGUUGGAGCCAGCCAACAGAUUUGCUGUUUGUAG